AUGGAUGAUUCAGAACCAGUGAAGCCCAGCCAGGUGUCCAAGGAGCUACUCCACAGGUACAUAGAUGGUUGCCACAUCCUGCACCAUUACGGGCUGGUUGAUGCAUAUGGACAUCUCUCUGUUCGGUUGUCUGCGUCGACUUUCUUGAUGUCUAGAUAUCUCGCCCCUGCUCUUGUGGCAUCAGUGGGUGACCUGGUCAUUUACAGGAUCAAAGACGGCCAGCCUGUAGCUGCUGAGUCGCCAAGAGGGUUCUCGGAGCGAUUUAUCCAUUCCGAAAUCUACAAGGCCUACCAGGGUGUCCAGGCAGUAGUGCACUCUCAUUCUCUCGACGUGGUCCCGUUCUCUAUCUCGGCUACGCCACUUCAGGCCUGUUUCCACAUGGCCGGAUUUUUGGGUACGGCUGUGCCUAUCUGGGAUGCUGCAUCUGUAUACAAAGAUCAUCCAGCCGACAAUCAGGAUAUGCUUGUGAAGAAUGUGAAGUUAGGAUCGGCGCUUGCCCGAUCAUUAGGCUGUAACGGUGGUCAAGCAAUGGGCAUACCCAAGCAUCCUGUGGUGUUGAUGCGCGGCCAUGGCUUCGUGGCAACAGCACAAAGCCUUGAAAUGGUGAUAUUUAAUAGCAUCUACACGGCUCAAAACGCCAGAGUCCAGCGGGAAGCAAUCAGUCUUGGAACUGAGAUACAGGUAUUUAAUGAACGGGAGGCACAUGACACAGGCUCAACAACAGGUCAAGGAGCAGUAAAGCCGUGGCCGCUUUGGGUGAAUGAGGUAUCGAACGAGUCGAUAUAUAAGAAUCUAGUGUGA